AAGUGCAAAUAAUAAGGCUGAGGAAUGAGCCGGGCUCGGGGCUGGGAUUCGGUAUUGUGGGGGGAACGUCAACGGGCGUAGUGGUCAAGACCAUCCUGCCGGGCAGUCCUGCAGACAAGGUUUUUUAUUAUUUUUUAUUUUAUGACAAGCGGCUCAAGGCGGGCGAUCACAUUCUGCGAAUUGGGGAAAUGAGCGUGCACGGGAUGACNCUAUAUAAACGCAAACGCGUCGCUUCUGUUCAACUAUUGCAGCUAUAUUCCAAAAUAAAAAUUCAGGACAAGCGGCUCAAGGCGGGCGAUCACAUUCUGCGAAUUGGGGAAAUGAGCGUGCACGGGAUGACGUCACAGCAAGUGGCGAAUGUGCUGAGGCAGCAGAGUCUGGACGUGCAGCUGGUCGUCGGCAGACCUUGGCCACACGAUUUGGGCAGCGGCGCUUCGUCUCGAGACUCACCGGAUUGCUGGAAAAUGGCGACGCGCGCGGCGUUGUGCCCGAAGAAUCUAGAGGAUGAGAUUGUGCUGAGGGCACGCGAACGCGUGCAACCCGAGCAGGGGUCAAACGCGUCGCAUGAGCCGGCGGGGUCAACCGCUUUGCGUGCGGCCGAAGAGGAGGAGCCAACUACUACUACAGUAGCAGUGGAAAAUCGGAGUGCGGUCAGCGGCGGUGGUGAACGAUCGAAGUGUAACGGAAACGGCCGCCGAAAAACGUCAGGGCAAAGUGAAGAUUACGGUAUUUUUCCGUCCGGAACCCAUCCAGAGAUGACGCCAUCGACUUCUUCUGCUGCUGCAGCUCAAAAUCAGCCAUCGGAGGCAAGUUGCAGCAGCUCAAAAUCACCUCAAAAACAGCAAACACAACGAAAUCAAGAAGACAACGAUAAUAAAAUUUCGAAUUCACUUGGUAAGUAA